GCCUGAAGGCAGACACAGUCUUAGUUAUUGCGUAUUCGUUGACGGAUCACGCACGCAGCUAUAAAGCUGCGACGACGUCAACUCUUGAGCAAAACACGAAUUCGCGCAAACGAUCAAAUAGUGAAAGUGUCAAUAAUUAUUAAAUAAAAAUGAAAAACAUAAUUUUCAUCUUCGCAGCAGCGCUGCUGUUAUUCUGCGCCACCUCAGCACGUGGCGAUCUGCUCGAUUGUAAUGAGAAAAUCUUGCCAUCGCUGUCCGAUGUGCCCAUCAUUGGACCGAAGGUGGCCAGCGCCGAGGAUAGUGCAGAGCAUCAAGUGCGUGAUUUCUUCAAAAAUGUCGGUUGUCAAAUAAAAAAGGGUGCGGAAAAAGUUUCCGAACAUGCAAAAAAGUUGGGCACCGAACUGAAGCAGAGCGCCAAAAAGUUUGGUGAAAAGGCAAAAGAUCUGGGAUCAGAUAUAAAGGAUAAAUUUGGUGACUUCAAAGAUAAAUUUUCGAGUGACUCUGCAGAGGAGCGCGCAACGCAUGAUCUACUACGCAACGUGGAAAUCAUAAAUCCAGAUCUGCUCAAGGCUGAGCAACAAUGCGGUCAUGGGCAUAUUUUGGAUGCAUUAGGCAAUUGCAGUAAAUUGAGGAAAUGAUUUUGAGUUUGAGAAGUUUGACCAAAACCUAAAUUUGGUUCCUCAGCAGUGAUGUGUACUCCCAAAGAAUGUGAAAUUAAGAAAGUUACUAUGAAUUUACCUACAUAUAUAUGAUAAGAAAAUAUAAAUUACUCCAAAGCCAAGGCAUAUACAAAUACAUAUAUUAAAUAUGAAAGACAUUGAGUUAAAAAGUCAUGCAUACCUUACUCAAUAUGAGUUGGAUGUGAGGAUGUGUAACUGAAACUCUAAAAAAAAACACAGCUAAAGAAAUAUUUAAUUGGCAGCCUCAUAAUUUUAGUCAUUUUUAACCUAUAUUUUUUAAAAUUAUUAUAUUUACGACGUUACACGCCUUAUGUUUACGAAAAAUUAUUCAUUGCAACCAAAGUUACUCAAACGCAUAAGUCUAAAAAAAAUGCGCAUAAAUACAUAUAUUCAAAGGAAAAAUAAAAAAAUAGAAAUAAAAUAAAUAUCAUUAGCACGCGAUGUGCUUCUGCAGCAUUCAAA